AUGUUACGACGCUUUGCCCUCACGUCGAGCGUGGCGCUGCGUUUGCGGUUCGAGCGGGACUCAGGACACAACACCGUGCGCUAUAGACCAAUACCGGAGAGCAUGCAGCCCAAACAUCUGGAAGACAACUUUACUCCCUUUCCUCUGCCGAAGUUCGACGAAAGCUUGGAGUACGGGCCCGUAAGGUUGCGGAACAUUCCCGACAUUGAGGCGGCGAAGGAGCGGCGGCGUGGGAGUAGGUUGGCCGCUACUGAGGUUUUGCUGCAGGAAACCUUACAAGAAGAGAAUCAAUUUGCCACCAGUGGCAAAGGGGACGGUAACAUGGCAAUAGCUAUCACAGAGAGACACACCGAGGAUGUUACAACCCCGGCAGCGGAUUCAAGGUUUCCAUCACAAACGAUGAGUCCAUGUUCUCAUGAGGAGGAGAUGAGGGGCUACGUAGUAUCAAGAGAUUACCCUUUGAUAGAUCGUCUGCAUUGCACGCGUUCUAUUGAGGAGCUUGUGGCCCAGUUUGAAGAUCGUCCGCAAAUAGAAUCGCGGGUGGCGGCUCUAGCGGACAUGGCUUCCACUGUGUCCUUCCGCAGCGAUGAGGAGCUGUUACGGAUGUUCACAGCCAUUAGUGCCCCUUUUUCUGUGGACGGACGGGGACUUAAUUUCCUAACCGUGAAGGUUUCCAAGUUUGGCAGGCCGUACUACGUCCCCAAUUCUCUACUUCCUGCCUACGUCAACCUGGUGGACGCGACAACAAUAGCGUUGGUGCGGGAGCAACCGUGGCGACUGUCUGCUAGUCCAGCAUUGUUCAUCCAGGUACUUCAGUUCAUGGCACUUAUUAAAGUGUUUGAACCAAAUAAAUGGUUCACGUUUUCCGAUCAUGCCCCUUCCAAUCGGGCUGAUUACAGACAUGCGAUAGGGGUUAACCACUCCACAGCGUUCUGGGGAACCGGGGAGGAGCUUUAUGAUUUCAUGGUGGAACUAUUGCGAGUGGAGGAUGACGGCCGGAUCCCUACAAUGCUUGAUUUGUGUACUAGGGAGCAAAUGGUUGACCUCCUCAGUGGGUUUUGUGGGGUGAUGCCCGGCGGAAAGGCUGUUGGUGAUGUUUUUAAGACCAUAACAGACGCCUUUCUUCGCCGCGUGCGCAAUGACAUUUCGGGGUCGUGGGGUGCGCAUGACUGGGCCAUCGUGGAGCGCAUGUAUCUCGUAACUGUGUUGUGCGACGCGGGUAACAACGAAAUUCUGCAGCUCCUUUUGUCGGAUACAGCGUCUCCCCGUGGUCCAGACUUCUUUGCCGCUGUUUCCCGCACUAAGGAUACUCCCACAAAGAAGAGAGCGCUCUGUUUGUUGCAGGAGGCCAUUGACAAUGCUUCUGUGAAGGCUGAUAAAGUUACCCUUUUAGGCCUACUAGAGAGUGGCUCUGAGUUUCUCCUUUCGUUGGUUGACAAAGGGGUGGCUCAUACGUUUGCCACACAGAAUUUGUUUGACUACCGCAUUUUGAAUUCCUUUCUUCACUGCUCUCUUGUGGCCGAUCGCCUGCGUGUGGAACAGUCUGUGAUUACCUCGCGCAUUCCUUCGUCGUUACGUGAUGUGCAGGUACAGAUGCUUAUGAGCAACGAGAGAAAUGCUUUGAACCCUUUGACCUCAUCGCUCCCCGGGAACAGUGGAGCGAUUGCCACCGCUCCUAAACUGAAGCGCCCGCUCAUGACAAUGCUCUCUCAGCUAGAGUAUUUGAAUAGCAUUGACUCUGUGUUUAUUUUACACUCGUCCCUAAUGGCAACAUCGACCGAUCAGCUCGUGUCCGCCGUGCGGCGCCUGCCUAGCGGGAAGGACAGUUUGAUUGUCACCAUGUCGUGCCUGCGAGCACUUUCAGUGAAAUCCCUUACGAGCCCCAGCAUGAAGGAACGUAUUGCAUGCGCCCGCGCCCUCGAGAUAGUCAGCUACGAGUUGGAGAAGGGUCGCGCUGUUCUCCUUCCGUUUAGCGAGGAGAUACUUUUACAUGAUGCCGGUGCAUAUUGUGAUGAAGACCUUAUGCUUUGGACAGUUGCCGCGUUCUUGGCCCGUGAGUUGCCGUUAGUGAAGGUUCAUACGUUGAUGCACAGUAACUGCACUGCGCGCACCCCUUAUCGUUUUCUCAAAGGUGGACAUAAUCUACUAGUUUCAUCCCGCUCCCUCUAUGACAAGGGUGCGCCUUUACUGAGUUCACUUCACAGCAAGGAACUGAGGUUGGUGACUCAUAACGUUCGACUCAGGACACCGGUACGCGACCGUAAGUGCACCCUACAGUACUACAAUCCCAUACGUGCCCGUUUCGUGUAUCGAAGGGACAAACCACUCUUUGACAAGUAUCAUGUUACCGCGCGAAAUCUUGCUCCCGGAUUUAGUCGCGGUGCACUCAAACAUGACUGGCGUGCACUUGGCGUGUAUACUCCCGACCACCCGCAAGUGCCGUAUCACCCGCUUCAAACGUGGAUGCUGGGUGAAACAACCGUUGAGGCAGAGUAG